GUGCUAGAAGUUGUCCCUGCGACCCUGGAGGUUUCCAGCACCAGCAUCAAACUGAACUGGACCUGCAGAUUCCCUGAUGCCUGCCAGCACGUGCAGGCCACAUGCCGGCUGGCAGGGCCUUCCUCACCUCCUUGUACGGCUGAGGAGGUCACUGGAGUGGAGCUCCUACACGGACAGAGGGGAACAUUCACCUGUCCUCCCCUGCAGCCCUUCACUGACUACACUGUCACCAUCUCGGUGCCCCCCAGCACAGUCCUGUUUUCAUGGAUGAUCAGGACAAAAGAAACAGUGCCGCAGAAGCCGGAGCAGCUGCAGCUGGAUGCCAGCACGGGGACCCUCAGGUGGAAGGCGCUGCCCUCCUGCCAAGGGGAGAUCGUUGGGUACCAGCUGAACGUCACGGCCAGGGCCUUGCAGGACGGCGGCUUCCUGCAGAUCGAGCGGCUGAGGCUGAGCAGCCAGACCACGGAGCACCCACUGCCCGCCUACGGCCCCGGCACCACAUAUGCGGUGGCCGUGCGGGGCCUCACAGCCGUGGGUCCCGGAGCUGCAUCACAGUUUCGCACCAGCGGCUCAGAGACGCCCGAUGGCUGCUCCCGCCUCCUGCUCCAUACCUCUCCAUCUCACGGCACAGCCGUGCUUCCCCUGCACCCCAUCUCCCAGCGCCCUGAGGCAGCGAGUGAGCACCAGCUGCUCGUGGCGGUGACACACAACAGCACGGUGCUGGAAGACGCCUGCUCGGGGGAGCUGCAGCCCUCCAACCACAGCCACCCUGCUGACCCCUACGUGGCCGCCGUGCUCAACCUCAGCGCGCCCACGGACUUCGUGCUGGGUGACGGGGCCCGCGGGCACGGCUUCCACAACGCUCCCCUGCACCCAGGAUGGGAUUACACCGCCCUGCUGCGCCUCGCCCGGCGCUCACCGCAGGCGGAGACGUUCACCUGCGUGUGCUACAGCUUCUCCAUGGGUAAGUGGUUCCUCUGCCCCACACCUGUGCCUGAGGGUCUUUCUGUAUCGCCCCUUUUCCCAGCCCAUAUCCUUGCAAGGAGAGGAGCUGGGCAGUCCAGCAGCUCUUGUGGGAGCAGAGGAAACUUCUGUUUCCCAGAUACUGGGAGUAUUUACCUGCUAUAA